AUGGAAUUACGUCAUAGGAAAGGUAAGUCAGGAAAGACGAUAGCCUUUCGACCUGCCAAUAUUUCCUCAGGCUUGCCGACAGAAAUGUACCUCUACGGAACGCAGCUGACCACCAACAUCAUCGGGCUGAUCGUGGGCGUGAUGGUGGUCAAGCACGUGUUCCUGCCAAUCGUCUAUCCGCUGAAACUCGUCUCCAUCUACGAGUAUAUCGAACUACGCUUCAAAUCUAGAACACUUCGCAAGCUGGCCAUGGCUUGCUGGCUGAUGGCGUCGUGCAUGUACCUCGGGUCGUGCCUCUACGCCCCCUCCCUGGCCCUCCUGUCGGUCACGGGCCUCCCGCCGUGGGCCUCCAUUCUCUCAAUGGGCCUCGUCUGCGCUGUCUACAUCUCUAUUGGCGGCGUGAAGGCGGUGGUGUACACAGACGUCGUCCAGACUCUGCUCAUGUUCGGGGGCGUCGUGACGGUGGUGGCUGUGAGCUGCAAGGACUUGGGCGGACUGGGCGGGGUGUUGCAGAUCGCAGACCGGGGCGGCAGGCUCGAGUUCUUCAAUACGGACCCGAGUCCCUUCGCUCGACACACGCUCUGGUCCACCAUCGUCCUCGGCUUCUACACUGCAUUCAGCGUCAUCGGAACGAGUCAGUCCCAGUACCAGCGGUUUGCUUCCGUUAAGACUCUGGCCGAUGCUCAGAGGCUGUGCUCGCUGUUCAGCGUCGGCGUGCUGUUGCUGUGGGGCGUGUUCUACACCUACACAGCGACUGCGACGACUUGGGUGGCGGACUCAGUCACCUGA